CUUUUCCUUUAGUUCAUUCAAUUUCCUCCAGAGGUCUCCGCUUUCCUUCAUCUUACGGCCGAAACAAACAUCACCGGUGAGUGAAAAUUUACUCUAAUAUCGUCCAACAUCGUCAAGAUUCAAGAUGGUGCGGUACGCCGCUCAGCCGGAAAAUCCAACCAAGUCAUGCAGGGCGAAGGGAUCGAACCUGCGGUGCAGUUUCAAGAAUACCUGUGAAACUGCCAAUGCCAUCAAGAAAAUGAGUUUGGCACGUGCAGUGCGAUUCUUGAAGAAUGUAAUGAACAAGAAGGAGUGUGUCCCCUUCCGUGUUUUCAAUGGUGGUGUGGGUAGAUGUGCACAGGCCAAGGCAUGGAAAACCUCCCAGGGUAGAUGGCCCAAAAAGAGUGCCCGUUUCCUCCUCGAUCUGCUGAAGAAUGCUGAAAGCAAUGCACAGUACAAGGGUCUUGAAGUAGAUCACUUGGUUAUUGAACACAUUAUGGUACAGCGUGCCCGCCAGAUGCGUCGUCGCACGUAUCGUGCUCACGGUCGCAUCAACCCUUUCAUGAGUUCUCCCUGCCACAUUGAAGUCUUUCUGGCUGAAAAAGAACGUGUAGUUACCAAAGCUACUGAUGAACCAGCAGCUAAGAAAAAAGCAUCUAGUAAAAAGAAUGCUCGCCAGAAAGCUAUGGCUCCCAGAGAGUAAUCCUGUGAUUAAAAUAAGAAAAAAAUAAA